GUCAAAACAAAUGCACGCUGACAGAUUUCAUUUGCAUUAAUUUUUUGACGAAAUAAAUAUACAUUUUUGAAUUUUUAACAUUUUUGUUAAUUAAAAAGGCAUAAACAUGUCCGAAACCAGCACUAAGGAUACAGUUCUAAAAACGGCGAUGACCUAUAUCUGUGGCGAGUGUCAUCAUGAGAACGAGAUGCGUCCACGUGAUCCUAUACGUUGCCGUGAGUGCGGCUACCGCAUCAUGUACAAGAAACGUACCAAGCGCUUGGUCGUUUUCGAUGCGCGCUAAUAUUCAACAGUUGUGCAGCCUAUACAGUGGUUAUUGAAUUAAAGUUAGAAUUUUAAGUGCAUCGCUUAUGUAGAAAUAAAAUAUAGUAUAGUUAAAUAA